AUGUCGUCUACGCGCUCAAGCGCCAAGGCCGCACCUUGUACGGUUUCGGCGGCUAAGCGUUUUUCAAACGCUCCGCGGAAUCAAACUCAAAAUCAAAAAACCAAAAACAACAAACAAUUGGUGUUCAUUUCAACACCACCACUCCAAGAAAGAUUCUCAACACUAAAUCCAAACACUCCACUCGCGCGUCGCUUCGACGACGACCUCGUCGUCGCUCACUUUCGCGCGUGA